AUGAAACCAGUGUAUAACAAUUCCCCAGUGGGUGUCACAUCAUCGACCGUUGAGUUCUGCGGUAGCAGCCGGCAAGGGGCUAUGAGUGGCAUAGAGGUCUCUGCCUCCGCCUCCGCCUCUACAUCUGCCGGUGACGACCGUGAUAACCACCUCUGGUCUGCCAAGAGCACCAGCUGGUCGGCCGUCUCAGCGCCGCGUAACGCUGACCAUGACUACAAAGCGGUCUUUGACGAGGUUGAAUAUGCGUUCGAGUACAUAGUCAGUUGUCCUUUUGAAAACAGGCACGGCAAUGACUCGGACGAUAACGAGAAUAACGGAUAUGAGGACGAAGACCACGAGGAGCUGAGCGAGCUCAGAGACAAAACGAAAGUCGAGGAGGACGAGAACAACGGCAAAGGCAAGGGCGAGACCAAGAAUACAGAUGACGAGGACGAGGACGAUGACCUCAGAGUCGUCGAGAAGCAGCCCACGCCCAAGUGCGACAGCGACAAGACGUGCCUCUGCGCGAAGCCCGCCGCCGAGCAACCGGGCGUCCCCUACGUGAUCACCAAGGCCGGCUUCUAUAAGCUCGUGAACCAGCAGAUCCACUGCCAGGUUCGCGCCCCUGACAGCUUCGACAUGUCCGCGUACAACGACCACAGCGCCUUCGGCACGCUGCAGGUCCUCCUGGACCUCGUUUUCAAUUACGAGGAGGUCAAGGGGAACUGGCGGGAGCAGUGUGUUAUCUGUGAGGCGAUGUGUCCCUUUAUCUGGUACCUCUCCGGCGGCGACUUUACCAUCUACAUUACGGGACAUGGAGUGUCCUCUUUCUUCUUCAUCGGGAUGCGGUCAGUUACAACUGACCAAACAACGCAAAGGGCUGACGGCGGCGGGUUAUGCGACCAGACGGCAAAGCUCAUUAGCAACCUCUUCCUCGCCUUUCUCGCCCGCCUCGAGUGCGAAGGCAUCAUGACGGGCAUGAUUAAAGCCGUCAACAGCUUCCGCGACUUUCUCCUCGCGGACGAGGUAAUAACGUACAAAGUGUCCUGGAAGCGGCCUUUCCCUUUUAUAGCCAACGACUGUGACAGCUACGUCGCCUCGUACGCCAAGAAGCACGGCAUCACCCUGAAAGGCGUGCCCCAUCUCAAGGCCCUUCUCGAGAAUAUCGACGACGACGAGGGGGACCCUUGGGGCUGGGCGGCUGCUUCGGCGGCAUACAAGUCGGGUGGGUAG